AACCUGAUGCCACCUCUCUGCGUCCCGGGCCGAUUACUUUCCCAGCUGCGUUGUGGGUUGACGUCUCCAGCCUCCGCACCAACCAGGAUUUGCCCAACAAUGGCUCGUCCAAGUUCAAGUAUGGCCGACUUUCGGAAGCAUUUUGCAAAAGCCAAGCACAUAGUUGUCAUUUCGGGGGCUGGCGUUAGUGCCGAGAGUGGGAUUCCGACCUUCAGAGGAGCAGGAGGUUAUUGGAGAAAAUGGCAAGCUCAGGACCUGGCCACCCCUCAGGCCUUUGCCCGAAACCCGUCCCGGGUGUGGGAGUUCUACCACCACCGGCGGGAGGUGGUGCAGGGCAGGGCGCCCAACGCCGGGCACCUGGCCAUCGCCCAGUGUGAGGCCCGGCUGCACGGGCAGGGCCGCCGGGUGGUCAUCACCCAGAACAUCGACGAGCUGCACCGCAAGGCUGGCACCAAGAACCUUCUGGAAAUCCAUGGUAGUUUGUUUAAAACCCGGUGUACCUCUUGUGGAGCUGUAGCUGAGAAUUACAAGAGUCCAAUUUGUCCAGCUUUAUCAGGAAAAGGUGCUCCAGAACCUGAGACUCAAGAUGCCAGAAUCCCAGUUGAGAAACUCCCUCGGUGUGAAGAGGCGGGAUGCGGGGGCCUGCUGCGACCUCACGUCGUGUGGUUUGGAGAGAACCUGGACCCUGCCAUCCUGGAGGAGGUUGACAGAGAGCUGGCCCUCUGUGACUUGUGUCUAGUGGUGGGAACGUCCUCGGUGGUCUACCCCGCGGCCCUCUUCGCCCCACAGGUGUCCGCCCGGGGAGUGCCGGUGGCCGAAUUUAACGUGGAAGCGACCCCCGCCACCAACAGAUUCAGGUUUCACUUCCAGGGGCCAUGUGGGACGACUCUUCCUGAAGCCCUAGCUCCUCAUGAAACUGAACCUGUCUCUUAGUCGUCCCG